AUGGCAGACAUUUGGGAUUCUCCUCCCACCGCCAAUCCCAUUCACUGUGAUUGGCCUCAACAGAGUACACAAUCGGUGAGAUUCAGGUCUAAAGCUCAAAGGCUACGACCAACACGCUACACUAAUACAUGUAUUGCAGAGAAAACCUUUUGGCCGGAAGCUUCUUCAAUCGACGACGAAAUCACGGUGGGGCGUCUCAAAGGCGGCUUUAAGCGCAUUAUAGAAAUCACACGACAAUCCCCCUAUGGUGAGAAAACGGACUACAUCUUACGAAUGCCUCAGUUUGAUGCUGCCCAGGUUGAUCACGAUGUCGCUGCGCUGCAAUUUGUUCGUCGAAACACCAAAAUCCCAGUUCCCAGAGUGGUGAUGUUUGACGAGACCGAGUACAACGCCCUUGGCGUGCCGUACGGGAUCCAGAAUCGCAUCCAUGGGGUCGAUUUGAUCUCAACGUAUCCCAAUCUCUAUCAUCAGGAUCGAUGUCGAUUCGCCUGA